AUGAAAUUUAGCUAUAAGAAAAAUUAUAAAUAAUUCAAACUUUUUACUACUAGCGAUAAAUCUAAAUAUUUCUUUAGUACUCUUAAUUUUUACUUGUUAAAGUAAAUUCAUAAAUUAUUUCAUUUAGAUUAGAAAAUAUUUAAAUUGUUUUUAUAUAGGAAUUUAGAAGGCAACAGUUUUUAAUUACAGGAAUACAUCUAAAUUUUAAUUGAAUAAUUAAUUAUCGUUUUGAUUAUGAAUAAUUAUCAAUUUUAUAUAUCUUAUAAAUGGAUGAUUACUAAAUUAUUAGGCCUUUAAAUUAUUAAAUUAAUGAAAUUUCUUAAUAUCUAGCAAUAACUUAUACAAAAGAAAAAAAAAAUUUUGUAUUCUUAUUUAAGAUAAACUCGCAGGAACUAUAAAAUUGAUCAAUUCUGA